UGCUGUUAUCCGUAGUACCUGAGCUGUCAUGUCCAUCAUCCAUAUCUCAUCUCCAUUCCCAGACCGACUUGAUCAAAAUGUCAAACCGCUACAUCGACAAGUACUACGACAAUGACUUCCUAACCGAACUAAGCCAGACCAUCGACGCCGAUACUGGCAACGGUGCCAAAAUCCAAGAGUUCCUGGAUAAAGAGAAGGUGGACUUUUCGCAAGACCUUGCCAUCUUGGAGAAGGCUACCAAGGUCGGGCCGGAUUUUGAUAUUCGCUAUGCUGGUGGUGCGUAUGAGAUUGAGAACCGUACUGGGGGGUCGGAGUUGUGGGUGAAUUCUGUGAAGAGGAAGAUCUUUGUUGACGGAGUGGAGGUCAAGUCCCAGGAGAACAAGGACGGCGUGGUCUCGUUCACGACUGACAAGAACGACGCUUUUGAAAUUACCUUUGACUGUGCUGUUGGGGAGGGUGUCACUGUUGAUCCCUCUGAGCGCUCUUUCACAGGCCAUGUCAAGACAGCCACUUCUUCCGACCCAGCCCCGGUAUCUGGCAAGAUAUAUUACCCCUGGGAACAAUUCGUCGGUGAUGUUGAUGCCAAUGGAAAGGAACCCUCGCCGGCAGAAAAGGCACGAGAAGCAGCAGGCCUGAAACAUCUCGCUGUAGCUCUCGACCUCGUCAAGAAUCCCUCUAAUGUCUUCAUUGAAGAACUCCCAGAUGACGCUCACGCAGAGCACAUGCCCCCACCAGCCGCACUGAGCAGGCUGAUGAUGGUGGCCAUGGCACCCGGUGACCCUCCCGCACCACCCCCAAACAGAAAGCCGAAGAAAUUCUUUAGAAAAUCCGCAAUCAUCCAGCACACCGUCAAUCUGACACCAGCAAUGCUUGUCAUCGCCGUCGGGGCGGGUAUAGGAGCGGCUAUCGCAGCUCCUCCCGCCAUCGCUGUUUCAGCAGUAGGCGCUGUGGUUGGAUACGCGGGCAACCAAGCUAUCAAAAAGGCGCGAAAGGUAUCCCAGAACAAGCUCACCGCGUGGGUAAAGUCCAAGGGUCUUUUGGACCGAGAGCACUUCGAGAAACUGCUCAAUGAAGCGGCCGAAAGGGCAGCGAACGCACCUGAGUCAGAGGGGAAGCACAGCGCAGAGAUUGUCCACGACGCUAUAGACAAGCUGUCUAAUGGUAUCGUGGACACCAUCUGGGGGGCUGAGUAUCGAGAAGCGGCGGAGAAAUUCCCGGGUUUGUUUUAUCUUGGAAAGGCUGAAUUCAGGAAAGGAUUCGAUAAAGGCGUCAAGGAGUGGAUCUCGAAGAAUCAUUCGGACGCGUCUAUCUUCGACGAUAUGCGGGGGAAUGUUGAAAAGAUCCUCGGAGAUAAUGCUAGACGGUCAACGCCGGUGGACGUGCACAUUGCCAAUCUCAAAAGGGAAAUGAGGAUAUUGAACAAGGAGAGACAGGACCUACUCAAUGAUAUUGCGAGUAGCUGGAAGUUCUCUCUCCCUGACAACCGUGAGACACGGGAGAAGCACCUCAAAGAGCUGACGGCUGAAUUUGACGCGGAACUGGAAAAGGUCAAAGAUUCGCUGGUUGAUGAGAGUCAUGAGUCGGUUGAGCAUGCUGACAAAGCUAUUGAGAAACUGCGCGAGCGUGUCAAGGAGCUACGUGAGAAACAUGUUGAAAGGCCUCAUGAAAGGGCGCAUGGGGAACAUCAUCACUAGGUGUAUUUCUGUAUUCAGUUCAUCCAUAUAUGUUUUUCUGGC